AUGGGCAAGGCCCAGCACGUUGGACCUUGUUCUGACGAAAUAUUGAAAAUCGGUUCUGGUAGCUCGGGUGAACUGAAUUCCGUUUUGCCUGUUCGUCGAGCUUGGCAAUUUGUUUGCAAACAUUUCAUCACCACUUCAAAAGAACCUAUGAUGUCACCUCGGCUGGUGAUGAAACGUUUGCAAACAAAUUGCCAAGCUCGGCGAACAGACGAAAUGGACCUAGUUAUGACCAAAAUGCCGCAUGAUGUGGAAUAG